UUUUAACAAACGUUACGGGUGCUAAUUAAGCGAAGCUGGGCAGGUAGAGUUUGUUUAGAAUAAAUUGGACUUCAACUGCUACAAUACCGCAAAAAGGAGGAUAAUUUUAUGUCUGUGGUAAGCCAUUUCCUCUCAUUAAAGGUCAACUUAAUUACGGAUUACGGUAUUGAGAUAAUAUUUUAAUAUUAUGAAACUUUAAAGCUGGGCUUUUUGCUAGAAAGUUAUUAUAAACGUUUUUUAAUUUUGAUCUAUAUAGUUUUGAAUUCUUUACAAAUAAAUAGAGCCUUCCUUGUCAUUUAUAGAACAUUAGCUCUAAAUUUAGAAAAAAAACUGGAAUGAUUACAUUACAAUGUUGAAUUAUCUAAUUGUAGCUAGGGGUCCCGGUGUUUAUAUAUCUGUUUUUGGGAAAAACGGAAAGAUUUUAAUUAAACUUACAACCCCAUUCGCAAUCAGUAAAUUUUCGUAUCAUGUUCAUCUCCCGCUAGAAAUCCCCUUUCAAACUACAAAAAUUGAUGAAUAAGGCCUUUUUUACAAAGUGUGAGAGUUUGGGUAGCAUUACCCUAUUUCCCUAAUUGUUUUCAAUAAAAUCAAAAAAAAAAACAUUUUUAAAAAAUAUAAAAAAACAUUUUGGAAAAACGUAAAUAACUACGUACCACUGGAGCACCAGUGGAGACGAGUAAUGUCAGAAAAAGAAAAUGAAUUAUAAUACAUCCAAUAUAUUGGUCUUUCUCCCCAAUUUACAGAUUAAAAUGUAAUUUUUUUAACUCCUUCAAACUUAUAUGACUCCCCGUAAAACUACCAAUUUGUAAUUGAAAACUUUCCCCCAACUAUUAGACCCCCCUACAAUAAAAUAUAAGUGAGUACUUAUUGUAGUUUGAAAAUUUCAAAUAAUCUGCACUGAUUAUCGCUGUAUUACGCAAACGACGUAAAUAAUAUUUCGCAGGCGUAAAUCACGAAAAAAUUGAUGAAAAAUUUAAUCAUAAUUGCAAUCUUCAGCCCACUAGUUAUAUGAUAAUAUGAUAAUUCUUAGCAAACUUGUAACCAGACCUCUUUCCAAUCGUGUACUUAGUUGGCUGUAGCUACAGAAUUUUGAUAGCGAGUUGCAAUGCAACUAGUUAACUUAAAUCUCCUUUGCUAUUUCCUUGUCAUAAUUAUGUGUCUACAAAAACAUUGUCUUUCUUUUCGGUGUAUUUUAAACGAAAACUCUCUACUUUAAAUAACGUUUUUUUAAACAAAAAAAGAAAUUGAAACGUGUUCACAGAGAUUGGGUCGUCAAUUUCCACGGUCCGUCCCCCUCAGGAAAAGCUGAGCAAAAGUUAAUAUAUGAACAGUUAAAAAUUACGAAUCCGGAACUUUUAGAUAAUCAUAUAUCCUACAAUAAAGAAGAGAUUAACUUUUACAAACAAUAUUUUCUUACUGAAAAUAUUAUUCCGUCUAAAAUGUGUCAAAAUUUAUAAUCCGUAUAUCAAUCAAGGAUGUUAAAAAUAAAAAAAACUUUUAACAGAAAAGCAAACAGAAGAUAUGGUCGAUAGCGCACUUGAAUAUUUAUGUUGCUGGCUGCUUAGCGUUCAGUCAGAAUAAUUAAGUGGGUAGGUUCUUAUCUGAAGCUUAUAUCGGUACACAAAAGUUAAACUUCUUAAGAUAAGAGUUUGUUUUUGUUCUCGACAUUUCAUUCAUUUUGUAGAUAUUGAUAUUUUUGAUGUUAUGAAAGGGUAUUAGUGGAACAGUGAUUUUCCGUUGCAGGUCGGAAAAACUGUUCAUAUUAUUGUUUAAAGGAAAUCGUAUAAAAAACGGAUCAACAUAUCAAUUAAAAUGUUUCUUUAAUUCCUUUAUUUUCUUUAGUGCGACUCAAAUGGUUGUUUUUUCAUUUUCCUGGCGUUAAUUGAAAUCGCAGUUAAUUAUAAUUGAGCUGACUUUUCAUAAGUUUGUAAUCAGAGAUCGAAGGUUUCGCUGAUUUCGUUAUUUCAAUAUUUCCAAUACAUUAGAAGAGAUGGACGAAGAGAAAAACAAAACCGCGAUUUCGUUUUCAAUUGAAAGGUUACUCCAACCGGGUCCACAAAGAAAAUCUUCCACCGAAGAACAAAACGAAAUUAACAUAGAGGAAUCCGAAGAAGAUAAUCAGUCGAUUUCAAAUGAGGACAUUUCUCACUACUACAACGAAGAAGAUACGUCGCAUAACAAGACUAUAUUUGACCAUUUGAAAAAAAAAACAAAAAAAGAAAAGCCGAAAGAAAUUAAGAAAAACAGAAUAAACAUAACGAGCAAACUUGCAGAUGUCAUCUUUGAAACGAGAAGUGUUCCGCAUAUUCACAAACAUCGCCGCGUAAGAACAGCCUUCACACAUCACCAAUUGACGACAUUGGAAAGCACUUUCGAAAAAAGUCAUUAUCCUGAUGUUGUUUUACGUGAACGAUUAGCGACAUAUACCGGCUUGCCAGAGAGCAGGAUUCAGGUAUGGUUCAAGAAUAGAAGAGCAAAAUAUCGCAAGACGCAACGAAGCAUCUCUCCUAGUGAAGAUAACAUACUAAAAAACUCACCCGAAGACAAAAAUGUGUUGCGUGUAACAUCAAAAUCUUCGCAAAUAAAAACUCAAAUAUAUAAAAAAGAGAAGUUGCUAUCAGCAAAACCAUUAUGGACACCUUAUUCUAAUGAAGAGCUCGAUAAAUCAAAAUCGUAUGUGCCCCUAAGACUCUACAGUACCUUCCCCAGGGGUGCUUAUUACUCGGAAAAAAUGCCAACUUUAUAUUUAUCAUCUACGCAGGAAAAAUUCCGGACUGCGAUUGGACGAACAUACAUCUCGUAAAAUUCAACGUUGUUUUAAAACGUGAAUACAUUGCACAAAUAUUUGAAAAUUGAAGGCGUUCAACCUCGUCUCUAUCUAUGUUCUUUUUCUCUGACAAUUUUGCCGUCCGAGAUUAAAAAGAGAAAAAAAGCCUUGGAGACGAGGUUGUGAAAACGUUGUGUGUUACUAAAUCUCUUUAUCCUAAGCACUUUCAUUAGACACUUAUUCUAAAGAUUUUAAAUCUUGUUCCCAGGAGAAGCUGUAAAGAUGGGAACACGAAAUAAAUUAAAACGACGAUGAUAGCUUCUGGUAGUCUAGACUUUGUUCCAUCCAGACUUUAUUCAUUUCCCGCAGGCAAUUUUAAAGAUUCCAGCCGCGUAGCGGUGGGCGUAAAGUCUAUCAACGUCCCACAAAUCUAUUUAAAAUGUC